UGGGACCAACCAACCAUCCCACCACCCAACAAGCUCCCCUCGCUCGGCAACUCAUGGGUACCGCGAGCCCCACACUUGGACGUUCGCAACCAACCGUUCCAUCCACACCGACGUAACACUUGGGCACUAUGAACGGGCACGGCCACGAGAAGGACGACAUCAAGGACGACUUGGGGUUUGGCGACCUCUCUCUGGGCGACACGUCCGAGUUUGCCAACCCAAACUAUGCGGCCAAUGGGAACGGCAACGGCAACGGCCACGGCGCCAGCACCGUCAAGGCCGCCGAGGCGGGCGGCGGCUUUGAAGACUCGCAGGAGCAGGGGCUCAAGCGCGCACUCACAUCGCGGCACAUUAGCUUUAUCGGCUUUGGCGGCGGAAUAGGUGUUGGCCUGUUCGUCGGUAUCGGCCAGUCACUGGCACAGGCUGGGCCAGCGGGCAUCUUCCUCUCGUUUGCCAUCACCGGAGUACUGGUCUGGUGUGUCAUCCAAUCCAUCGGCGAGAUUGUCACAAAGUAUCCCGUUGACGCGAGCUUCCCGGGUCUGGGCACACGCUUUGUCGACCCCGCGGUCGGCUUCACAAUCGGCUGGACAUAUUGGCUCAACAUGGCCAUCUCGGUCGCGGUCGAGUGCACCGCGAUCGGUAUCCUUGUCGAGUACUGGAUCACGAGCGUCAACGCCGCCGCAUGGAUCGCGAUCGCCCUCGUCGUCAUCUACAUCUUCAACAUGCUCCCCGUCAACUGGUACGGCGAGGCCGAGGUCGCGACGGCGUGCAUCAAGGUCAUCACGCUGGUCGGCCUCAUGAUCUGCGGCCUCGUCAUCACGCUCGGCGGCGCGCCAGACCGCCACCGCCGCGGCUUCGAGUACUGGAAGAACCCUGGAGCCUUCAACCACUUCAACGGCAUCCCCGGGUCGCUGGGCGAGUUCCUCGGCUUCUUCUACUCGUUCACCAACGCCGCGUUCGCGUACGGCGGAACAGAGGUCAUUGUGCUCGCUGGCGCCGAGGCCAAGAACCCCUCACGGCAGAUCCCGAAGAACGUGCGCCUGUUCGUCUACCGCCAGCUCUUCUUCUACGUUGGCGGCUCGUUGAUGAUCGGCAUGAUCGUGCCGUACAACCACCCCGACCUCGUCAACGGCAAGGGCAACGCCAACUCCUCGCCGUGGGUCAUCGCCAUCAAGACGGCGGGCAUCAAGGCCCUCCCGUCCAUCAUCAACGCGGCCAUCAUCACGUCGGCGCUCUCAGCAGGGAACACGUACCUGUACAUUGCCGCGCGCACUCUGCGCGGCAUGGCGCUCAACCGGCAGGCGCCGCCGUUCCUCACCAAGACGACGCGGCAUGGUGUGCCCCUCAUGGCCGUGCUGUGCUCCGCCCCGCUCGGCCUGCUCGCCUUCCUAUCCGUCGGGUCGGGCGGCGCGAGCCAGGCGUUUCAGUGGCUCAAGAACCUGAUCGCGCUCAACAACAUUAUGAACUGGGGCCUGCUGGCCUUCACCUACUGCCGCUUCCACAAGGCCAUGAAGGCGCAGGACAUCAGCCGCCGCACCCUCGUGUGGUACGGCCGCUUCCAGCCGUACGCGGCGUGGUUUGCCGUCGUGUUCUGCAUCAUCGUGUGCAUCUUCCAGGGCUUCCCCGUCUUCCUCAAGGGACGGUGGAGCGGCGCCGACUUUGUCGCGUCCUACAUCAGCUUUGUGCUCUACCUCAUCCCGUAUGUCGGGUACAAGCUCUUCAAGCGAUCAAAGAUGGUCAACCCCGCAGAGGCAGACCUCACAUCCAACAUUAUCAACCCGUGGGACAUCACCGAGGAGCCCGAGCCGACGACGUGGUACGGCAAAGCCUGGAGGGUCAUCACUCAUUGAGAGUGCCCGAGCGUGCUAAAAAGCGCCAUAUAGACGCUGGCCGCUCCCCACCGGCUGGUCAAAAACCAUGUUGUAUCAACUAGCAGCAGCGUGUCCGACGCCGACGCACCUGCAAUCCCACUCAUCUAAUAGUUUGUGAUGCUACGCAGAGUUACGAU